AUGACAAGAGCUCAGACAGCACUGUGGUUUGCUAAGUCCUUUGGACAAGAAGUCGAGUCUAUUGCCAUGAAAGAAGUCAAGACUGGAAGCAAACACAAUGCAAAAAUGACCAGUGAUGAGCAACAAGAAAACACUGCCACAGGGUUCAACUCCCUUUCAAAACAGGAAAAGGAAAAAGUAGAUCACAUUUUAUUUCUUUUAGACAUAUUUUGUGUAGGAGACUCGUCUUAUCAUGAGCUCUCUAUGUUUAAUGAUCUUCCAAAAUCAUAUCUGAUCAAGCAACGGCAAACACAGCUAAAUGACAUGUGUCAUAUUAUAUCCACACCUGGAAGAGCCAAGGGUGUAGAAGUUUCAUUCCAGGAACUUCUCAAGGAAAGAGUGCAAGAUUUAUUAACCAAAAUCCAGAAUUUGAUAUUGAAAAUGAAAGUGUAA